AUGCGUCGCCGUGAGGAGGCGGAGCGCUCUGCACGACAGUACGAGGACAAGAAGAAGGAGGAGCAGCUACACCUUCUGCGCGAGCUGGAGGAGAAUCAGCAACGCCUGCUCCAACAGCAACAACAGCAGCGCCAUCUUCAAGAACAACAACUACGGUGUCUCCAGGAGGAAAGAGAGCAGCAACAGAGGCGGCAGCAGCAGCAGCAGCAGCAGCAGCAACGUGCCUUGGAGGAGCAACGUAUGCAACAAAUACUUCUGAACCAGAUACAGCAGCCACAACCACCGUCCCCCGCCGCACCCUACUAUCAAGAUCCCACUAUGAUACCCACACCAUCAUUUCCUGCAGCUUUUUGGCAAGGUUCUGGCUCCCCACCCUACUGCCAACAAACGUUUUCUGGCCUCCCUUUCCAACAACAACAACAACAACAGCGACAACCAUANCAACAACAACAACAUGUGCUGCAACAGCAAUUGCAACAGAUACGGUUUCCUGGUCACGUACCGUAUUUUCCGCCCCAGUAA